UCACACCCAAAACAAGAAACGGUCUGCCAGUGAUUACUGCCGGAUGGUUCAAAAAUAAGUGGGAUCUCGCUUCAUAGCUGACUUUUAUCAAAAUGUCUCAGGAUCCCUGGUUACAGAAUUAUGAUGCCACUUGUCGACUGGCCCAGGAAAUAGCAGAAAACAUCCAUGAACGGAACAGGCAGCAGAGGACAGGGGGGAACCCUGCAAAGAUAAACAUGACACUGCGGGCGUCACUUCAGAAGCUGAAACAGAAUAUUGCCCAGCUUAAAGAGAGUUUGUUGCGAGCUUCCUCAUCUCGACGCAUAAUGCAGUCAGAAUGUGACAGGAGGCAGAACCUCAUUGACGACCUGCUAACCAGAGAGAAGCAGCUCAAUGCCACUUUCAAGGGAGACAUCACAGAGCCUGAACCCUCCAGGUCCACGCUGAUGGCCGGAGGGGCAGGAGCCAGUGGAGGCAAUGCAGCCAACCCUUGGCUGAUCAACGAAUCAGAGGAGACCAAAGGGCUGUCGUUUGGAGAGAUCAAACAGCAGCAGCAACGAAUCAUUGAGGCCCAGGACGCAGGCUUGGAUGCGCUGGCGGCCGUCAUCAGUCGACAGAAGAUAAUGGGCCAGGAGAUCGGCAACGAGCUGGACGAACAGAACGAAAUCAUCGACGACCUCGCACACCUCGUGGACAAGACGGACGGCAGGAUUCGAAACGAGACGCGAAGGGUGAAACUGGUGGAGACGAAGUCAGCCUCUUGUGGGAUGCUGGUGGUGAUCGUGCUGCUCCUCAUAGCCAUCAUAGUGGUCGCUGUGUGGCCGGUGUAGCCGAUGAAGACGUCGCCGGUCGGACGGCUGCAGUCGGAUACAAACUACCAGCUGAAAACAUCCACAGCACACAUGUACAGAUUUUCAUUUGGACACAGUCUCCCAUCAUCAUUCUUGCUCUCCACAUCGAGACUAACUGGUGAAAGUGAAUGUGAAGUGAAGAGCAGUAACUUAUUUAGCAGUAAUUUGGGAUAAAGGUAUUUUUUUUUUUAUGUUUCCUAAAUAUUGCUAGUGUGUAAAUCGUCCUCUUUAAUCGCUGUUGAACUGUCAAAUCAAACAAAUCAAGCAACUGGUAAAGUAUUCAGAGGUUUGUAAGGUUAUUUUUAGCCUGGACUUUGGGGGAAUCGUGACCCAACAGUAGGACCUCCCGCAGGCAGCAGCUUUCCUUUCAUGAGUCCGUCUGCGGUCGGCCUGAGGUUUACGCUGGGUGCAGCGAUUCCACUGGCUUUGCAAUAUUCACACUCACUUAUAUUUACCCAUGCAUUACUGUAGCAGCCGUAAUGUUAUCAUUUUGUUUGGAUUUUACGAUGUUUAGAGAGCAGCUCGUAGCCAAAACAAACAGCUCGGCUGUGUUACUAACGCGGCUCUUUUCCUUCCUUGUAAAUCAAUUCAGCUUGUAAUUUCUAAUAAAUGACAUUUCCAGUUAAUAGUC